UCUGGUUGAAUGGCAACAGCCGAUAUUCACAUGCACAAACCGUCAAAUUUUAUAAUUAAAAAAUAUGUUGAGCAGAAAUAUGAGUGAUGCAUUGACGAACAAUCCAAAUGAUUACUCCCAAUCCCAACCCGACUCCGAAACUCCACUUCCCCCUCCCCGCGAUGCCGUCACCCAUCUCCAGAACCGUCGCCGUCAUCGGCGCCGGCGCUGCCGGGGUCUCCGCCGCCGUUGAACUCCGGCGAGAAGGCCACCGCGUCGUCGUCUACGAGCGGGAAGAAAAGCUAGGCGGCACCUGGGUUUACACGCCCCAAACAGAGACCGACCCGUUAGGCCUCGACCCGACCCGAGACGUGGUCCACUCCAGCGUCUACGCUUCGCUCCGCACCAACCUGCCCCGCGAGGUCAUGGGCUUUCGGGCCUACCCGUUUGUGGCCACCGGGAAGCCGGGCCGGGACCCGAGGAGGUUCCCGGGUCACGGCGAGGUGUUGGAGUAUUUGAGGGAUUUCUUGGCGGAGUUAGGGGUGGAGGAGAUGGUUAGGUAUGGGAGGGAGGUGUGGCAUGUCGGGAUGGCGGCGGAUGAUCGGCGCUGGGUGGUCAAGUCUAGGAGGAGCGGCGGCGGCGGUGAUGACGAUGAUGAGGUGUAUGAUGCGGUGGUGAUCUGUAAUGGACACUAUUCGGAGCCCCGGAUUGCGGAUUUACCCGGCAUUGAUGAGUGGCCGGGGAAACAGAUACACAGUCACAACUAUCGCAUUCCCGAUCCCUUUCGUGAUCAAGUUGUGGUGCUAAUAGGGAGUGCUGCAAGUGCUGAUGAUAUCUCCCGGGAUAUUGCCAGAUUCGCGAAAGAAGUCCAUGUUGCAUCUAGAUCAGCAGAAGUAGACAAAAUUGGAAAGUUUCCGGGGCAUGAUAACAUUUGGCUGCAUUCAAUGAUCAAAAGCGUUCACAGAGAUGGCACAGUGGCUUUCCAUGACGGAUAUAAAACCAUCGCUGAUGUUAUCCUUCACUGCACGGGGUAUAAAUUUUAUUUUCCUUUUCUCGAGACGAACAAGGCUGUGACUGUGGAGGAUAAUAGAGUUGGCCCACUUUAUCAGCAUAUUUUUCCUCCUUCAUUGGCACCUUGGCUUUCAUUUGUUGGCUUGCCAUGGAAGGUUGUGCCCUUUCCUCAAUUUGAACUCCAGAGCAGGUGGAUAGCUGGAGUUUUAUCGGGGCGGCUUACACUGGAGUCGCCUGAGGAAAUGACUGCGGAUAUUGAAGCGUUUUACUCGUCACUGGAAGCAGCCGGUAUUCCCAAGCGAUAUACUCAUCAAAUGGGAGAAUCUCAGUUUGAGUACGAUGACUGGUUGGCUGCAAAGAGCGGGUCUCCUCCCAUCGAAGAAUGGAGAAAGCAAAUGUAUUUGGUGACCGGAAGGAGGAAGAGGAGUGUGCCGGAGACGUACCGUGAUCAGUGGGAGGAUGAAGAUUUAAUGGCUUCGGCUUAUCAAGAAUUCAAGCUAUUGAAACUCUCUGUAUGAUAAAAAAAUUUCAUUAUAAAGAUAGAAGUCUAACUGUCAUUGACACAUGAACCAUAAGUUAAAUAUUUCUGGUGUUACAAAUCA